AUUUUUCAACAGGAAAUUGUGAUUAAUAAAAUUGUAGAAUACUUAAAAAUCUACGCAACUAACAUUGCUUCACAACUUGCAAACACAUCAGAUCUUCUCGGAUUUUUUUCUUCGAAAAUGCAUAAAUGUUUCGUAAAGAUCACAAAUGUUUUUCGCCACAAAUCCACAUAUGCACCACCAGCAAGUGAACCUAUCAAUGCUGCCUCCGUAGUGGGGGCGCACGUCCGUCAUAGAAGUGCGUCUGCAGACGAUAAUGAUGGAGGUCGACGCAGUCGAGAGGGAAGCGCGGACAACGCUGGUAACAACGAAAUCAGCACACGAAAUGCCGACGUCAAAGCCAGUCGGCGUCUCAACAAUGUUGCGCGCGAUAAGCUAAAGGAGUGCAACAAAGAUAAGAGCACUGAUAAUGGCGAUAAAGCAAACACUAUUGCGCCAAAUGAGCGAAGAAUGCUUAAAGCAAAACGAGAGAAUGAGGGCGAAGAGCAGAAGAAAACGAAAUCUAAAUAUUUCAUGCGCAGUGCAACGUCGCCAAGUCUAGGCAGGGGCAGUUGUGAACCAGGGAUGAUGAGCACCAGCGAUAUGAGUGAUGUUGUUGUCUAUCGAAGCAGCUACGAAGGCGGCGGCACUGUUGAUAAGCGAAUAAGUUCGCGUAGCAGCGCGCGCAGUAGUGGCAUAUUUCGGCUAUUUUUGGGUAGCAGUAAGAAGAAGAAAAGUGAGCGAGUGAAGAACAAUGAAAAAGAAAGAGAAAGGGAAAAGGAAAAAGAAAAGGGAAAGGAUAAGGAUAAGAAAAAAGCAAAGAAAAAGCGAGCGCCACUGGCGGUAAUGGAACCACAGCAGUUGGGCAUCGAAGAAGAUGAGCUAAAAGCGUUGUUGAAAGUCAAUGACUACUCAGACGAAGCGCCAAUGGCAACACCGGAAAUACGUAACGCCAUUAACGUAAGCGAAAUAAAAACCAACUCUAAUCAUGAAAAAUCGCAACUGUCGGACAAGGCACUUGAUAUAAGUGCUUGCGAUAAACUGACGCCUCGUUGUAGGACAGCAGCCAGCAGUGAUAAUAAUACGGCUCGUUAUCACGCAAGCGGAAGUGCGGACGAUACGCUCGCGCCCGCGAUGGACACAGCUAAAACCAUUGCGUCGCACGAUGAACGCAGCUACAUAUCCGAAUACAAAUCUUUUGUCGAGGAUGAAAAGCCAAAUUUAAUUGGGACGCCGUUCCCUGAAACGGAAGCUUUCAAUUUCGAGCAAGUACUUAAUCGCUCAGCAAGCAUGCGUCACUCCAGCGAUGUGGCAAGGAAGCUUGCGCCUGACGUGCGCGUUGAGUUGCCAUGCCGCACCAAUGUCAGCGAUGAUUGCUUGGCACGCACACGAGCAUUAACACCAAAAACCCCCGAAGAAAUCGAGUAUGAAGCCAAUGUUGCAGCGGAAAGCGCCGACGUUAUGACACCACUACCACAAAAUCUCACCUUUCACUCUGCUCGCAAGUCCCUCAGCACUGGGCGCACGCUUGCCUCAGAAAUCGCCGACAUGAUACGCAAUUUGGAUGCAAACACUUUACGUAUUAACAAUAUGACCGUUGAGGAGAAGAUGGAGCUGAUGCGACGUUUCGAGCAGCAGCCACCUGAGCAGCAAGAAAAACAGUCACAGUGCUUAACUCAUCAUCCACAUCAUCAAAAUCAUCACGCGCACAACACGUCACAACAUCAGCACAACUUACUGCGGCGCAGCUCAUCCGGUUCGCGGAACUUUAAUCCCAUGCGUUUAGCGGUGGAGAAUCGCAUCGCACUGCAGGCUACGCAACAGCUGCAUGGAAGUGGUGGUGGCGACGGCGACGGCGGUGGUGCUGACGAGUCUGCGUGCGAUUCAGAUGGUGAAAAUGUGGAAGUGGUAUUGCGUCGGAAAUUCGUUGACUAUCCCCGCGGUGCAAAGGUGACAAUGUCUACGUGCCUGUAUGAACGUCGGCUGCCAAAGAGUCCGAAACUGAAAUUGCUGGUGCAAUCACAACAUAACGACAGCCGAGAUGAAGGAAGCGAAGAGCGAUCUCUCAUGGACGUAAAAUUUCCAACCGUCUUACCACCGAAUCCCCAACUUAAGGCUUUAUUGGUUUUCCACAAGUCGGAUAAUAUCUGCGAAGUGGUAACGGAGGCAUGUCAUCGACAGCAGCUCGAUGUAACGGUGGCGCGUACCAAAGAGGGUGCUCUCGAGACCUUGUCCAGCACCAGUGAGGAGUUUUAUCAUUUAAUCAUAAUUGACGCACGCUCUACAAAACAUUUGGAUGCUGAGUAUAUAGCCAGGUCGAUACGUCACACAAAGGGCCAUCAUUUUACGACAAUAAUUGCUGUGGUUAAAAAGAG